UUCUCAACUAGAAUUACUAGAAUUCACCCUCAAAAAAAAAAACUAAUGGGGAAGGUUUACGAGUUGAUGCGCCAAAUUAUUGAUGAUGCAGAGGAAGCAUUGGGAGUGGAUAAUUUAGAAACCGAUUUGCUCGAUAAACUAAACGGCAAUUCCUUGGCGGGCUAUUUAUUUGGGCUUGCUCAAUGUAUUUCAACACUGAAACGAAAUUGGGGACAAUCAGGUCCGACUCGACUUCCGGACGCAACGGGGUCGAAAGAAUCUAGACGGACGUUUCAAAAAUGGGAAUUACUAUUUUCAGAGAUUA